UUAAUUUAUAUGACCAAACUUCAAAUACUGUGUGGACUACUAUAUUCCUUUUAUUCGGAUAAUCGUCUCGCAUCCUCCAACCCUCAUCGUCAAUGGACUUGCGUAUUGGCACGGUUGCUCCUUGAAGAUCUCUUCUUUCCUAUGAAUGUUGUCGAAUGCUGGUUGAUGCCCUGCAUGUGCUGUAAGAAAGAUUGCUGGUAUUCGAUUGCUGCUGUAAGUUCCUCCCGCUGUUGCUGUUGUUCACUGGCUGACUUCUCGGCGACAUCGCUUUCUUCAGAGCCGGGUUCUUGUGUGUGGAACCAGUCGUGCGUUGAUCAAGUUGGAUGA